CAUAGGAAAAAACCGAAUCAUCUAGUUUUACACAUUACGAUGAGGACUCUCUACGCUUAGUGGUCGACCUAAAUGAAGGUCAAAAAUUAAAAUACGAUGUUGAGGUGCUAGAAGUACAAGAUAUCAAUAGGGAAACUGUAGAGCUGGAGGAACGAUUUAGGGGACCUGCCAUAAAAAUGGACACCGAUAAUUUCGCAGCGGAAAAUAUCGAAGUAAACGGUGGCAGUGCUGCUACCAAUGAGAAAGUGAACAGAGAAAAAACCAAAGACGUGGAGGAUGACGUUGAAGAUGAUGAGGACGAUGACGAUGACGAUACCGUUAAACCCAGCCACAUGAUACUCACAAUGGUGCUCGUCUUUGUGGCGCUAUUCUCAGUUUCUUUGUAUGUGGCGCUAGUCAUUUGGCGUUCAAAUCUUGAGCGACGCUACGGAAUGCGAGAAUUGCUUGUUACCCAUGACGAUGACUUUUAUCUGCCCAGCAGUGAGACCACGGAUCGACGCUGGUGAUUUUAAGAAUCGAAGACAUGCAGUAAAAGACUUAAGUAUUAAGUAUGAUUUCCAACAAACUGUAAAAAUGUGUUUAUCAUCGUCUGGUAUAAAAUUUCACUGUACAAGAAGAACGAGAUUCUGACUUGACCAGCCGUUAAUUGCAGUUAAUUCCAUUUAAUUUAAUUCAUAAAUGCAGUUUUGCAAGGUUUCCUCAACGUUAUAGUAAAUGCGAAACUGUUAAUUGCUUAAGAUACUCUAAAAAAUGCAGCUGCGAGAAUGUGCAUAUUAAUGCACAUCCAUUUUUAUUUGUUUGUACUACGUAUAAUACUAUAUGCAUAUAUAUAGAUAUGUGUUAUAUGCAAGUUGUAGACGUGUGCGAUCAUCGCAAGUCGCACAACAAAACCAGUUGCGUUUAAAAAUUACAUACUAAAACAACAACUUGUCAUUCUAAAGUAGGCGAUUCAAGUGAGUUCGAUGAUCAUCAAAACAAG